AUCCACGAUGCGAGGACUAAGCAUUAAGUGCAUCGAACGUUGUUUUCGAAGCAAUCAACACUGAAGUCAUUUCUUUCCUUCCUUCAUCAUUCAUGAACGUUUGCUGAGAGUUCGUAUUCAUACUGCGGACACUCUGCAUCUGUAUUGGAAAACGUGAUUACUAGCUGAUCAUCGGGGCUGAUGACCUGCUAUUACUCGUACACCAAUUGAUACUAAUUAACAUGGAAGUUAGAACCAUUCUCGCUGCGCAAUCGAUGGAAUUUAGUACGAAUCGUUAGUAGCUUCUGUGCAGUGGUGACCUUCUGAUUUUGUUAUGUGACGUUUUCCGUCAUUCCUGUAAUUUCUCUGAGUCGAUCAAAUCAGAAUCGUUUGUCCAGCUUGAGCUUCUGCCAACAAAUUUGCGGGGUAAACUUGCAGUUUCUACGAGAGAGGAAUUUGGGAGCAUUAUAGGUACCUCGGGAAAGGCAAGCUGGAAUACUUAUGGACCUCGUCUCAGUUGUUUUCAAUAUACUCCGCCUCUCUGUAAAGCCUGUAUCUCAGGAUGCAGCUGGGUGGCUACCAUAGAUGAUAAAGGCUACUGAUAUAUAAGGAACAGCUUUACCGUUAAUGAGGGAAAGGAAAUACAUGUACAAAUGUACUAUACAAUAAUGCACUUGCUAUGAUUGGUUAUAUCAUGGUUGUUGUAGAGUGAUCAAUAACCCGGACGAUUUUGAUACAAGUGUGGAUUUACCAUUUAAUGUAUACCUCAGGGAACAUUCACAAGAAGUUGGAAGAUUUGUUGAAAGGCAAGACAGGAUCAGUCCAUAUCAUUCUCUGGACACUAAUUACAAGAACUAGGAACAAAAAGUUUUAACGAUACAGUGGCUAAGUCAACAUCAGGACAAGAAGGCAGUUAAGUCUCUGAUUUUGAUAUACUCGCGCGCGGAUUAGCCAUUACUCUUGAUUUGUGUUCGUGUUGCGACGAAAGAAUCGACCAUAAUGUAUGUCUCUGUUUACGUCCUUUCAUCGGAAUAUAAGGACUCCCGAUUAUUGAUUAGGAGACAUUAUUUCUUGGAUUACAUCCAGUGGUGACAGUCUCAUAUCUUCUGGAGGUAUAGAGUCUGAGAAGUCGGAGCUGCGUUCGAAGGAUCUUUUUCCUGUAUUGCUGAAGGAUUAACACCAAGUUGUGAAUAGAACAGACCAUGGGUUCGAAUGAUUUUAGUACGAUAUCUAGUGCAAUAGAGAACUAUUCUCUGUCUCAGAAUGAUUCCUCCUAUAUGCAUAAGCCAGGGUUGGUCAACGUAACAGCGCCACCAAACUGCAGCGACUUCGGAUUGCCAGAAUGCGAUCCUGAAAUUCUCUACGUCAUUCCAAUGACCAUAAUAACACUAGCCAUCAUUUUUGGGAAUGUUCUCAUCCUUUUGAUAUUCUACCGGAUUCAUAAUAAGACUUGCCUUCCCGUGGGUUACUUGAACAAUCUCGCCGUAGCUGAUCUCGGAGUUGGUGCAUGUAACGCCUUUUUCUGUCUCCCGCUUGUGAUCCAAGGGCGUUGGCCGGAUAAUCAUAUCUACAGUGAUGCUAUUGGAUUCAUUAUCAAUACAUUCUCAGCAGUAUCCGCAACUACUUUAGGUGUUGUCAGCAUUGACCGAUACCUUUACGUCAGCAAGCCGUUGCGUUACCAUUCCAUAAUGACAAAACGGAUAAAAGUCGGUAUCAUCAUUGUGCUGUGGUUGGUAUCUGCGGCUCUGGGGCUACCAGGCCUCUUUGGGCUUAUUCAUUACUAUUAUGAUGAACAUGCUUAUCUAAGCUACGUCCAUUUCACAGACAGCAUCGUUAUGACGGUGAUCUACUGCGGUGGCGUGCUCCUUCCGGUUACUGUAACAAUGGUCGUCUGCUAUGUGAAAAUCUACGUCAUAGCAAGACGUCACAUGAAGGAGAUGAGGGAGCGCGGAUACGAACAAAAGCCCUCCAUACACGUGGUAACGACAUUAGUUUUAACAGUUUUGUGUUUUGUUUUAUGUUGGACGCCAUACGCCGUGCAUCACUUUGUCAAAGCGCUCACAAAAUACGACCCUCAAAUCCGGUUGCUUGAUUUCGGCGUCACGUGGCUUGCUGGGGCAAAUAGCUGUGCCAACUGUGUCAUAUACUGGCUACGUCAGACUGAAGUCAGAAACGAAGUGAGGUCACUGUUGUGCCGAGCAUGCUGCGCUAAAGCUCCGGCAAAGGCACUUUCUAAUACGUCAGCAUAUUUGGCCAUAGUGAACGGCGGACCUGUACCCCCCUCAAAUAUAUCUGUGGACUUCGAUGGAGAUAAACGAAAGGCUUCGGAUGACUGGCCAGUGGGUCACAAACCAAAUAGUGAUGUGACAGACCCUAGUGGUCAAGAAAACGAGUUACAGGUAAUUAAUAGCGGUGUUUGAUCGAGGGGAGUAGAAAUGUAAAUUUGAACUAUGAUUUACGAAGUAAGUGCAAUAAUUGCGGUCAUAAGAUGACAUGUGAUUGAUUCUGCCAAGUGUAGCUCAGGGGCCAUUCUUGUUGCAUCGUCUUACGGCCUUACAGCCUUCACCUCUUAUUUUUUACAAUCCAAACUCUGCUACCGCCGGGUUAAGGGUUAACUAACUCGCCCCAAUUUGUCAAUCUGAGAAGCAAUAGAGCAGUCAUUAAACAGAAUAGUCUAAAUAUUGCUCUGAUGACUGACUAUCAUACACUAUGUCAGCGUGACCCCUGGCGAUAUCUUGAACAAUUUGACUGGCGUGCUCUUUAGCCUGACUGCCGGCCGACAUGGAACAAGUUUAGCUAACCCGAAACAGAUAGUCAUGAUGGAUCUGCCAUCAAACAAUGUCAAAUGCAUCAUUGCUCAAUCUGUAUUCCCUUGAUUUAAAAAAAGUCGUUCUGAUCUCAUGUUUAGGUUUUAUACUCCCCUUUCAUACAUUUUAUUCGGGGCCAUGAGUUGUAAAUCUCUCCCUCCCUCAUGAACGCUUCAUCACGUCAAUCGAAACCUGAUAUGAAAACAUAAUUCCACAGGGAGGGUUAAUUCAAUUCCAUUUGUCUUUUAUUGUUUUCUCUUUAUAAAUAAAUGAUAAAGUGAUUUUCAUUGAUGCAAUACUU